CUCUUUCUCUAAAUUCUCUCUCUCUCAAAGACGAACCCUAGAAGAAAGACUCAAACUUUUGGAAGACCCAUCGGCGGAAUUAUCGACGGGAGUGUUUUUUCCGGAUGAGAGUUUUAAGAGAUGGAUGAUGAUGAUGUUGAUGAUCUUUGGGGUCCGCCACUUGUUGUGAAAGACGAUACCUUUCGGAAGCUGCCUCUACGUGGUUGUGAGUUUUGGUUUGAUUUCAGGACAGAUGUGCUUGAGGAAAGUUUCCAGAUUGAGAGAUAUUGUGAGUUAGUGUGGAGGAUAUUGAACGAGAAGAAGCAAGUUGUUGAGAUUGAUGAACUUGACAAGGAUGUGGCUUCCUCUGGGAAUGGUGAUAUAGGAGGCUCUUCUGAUUCGGACAAGACUCUCCUCAGUGCUACACUUCCUGAUGCUGACACAAGCUCUGCAAAAUCAUCUGUAGACGAGGAUGAGAACACAUCUAGUAUCAGUGAUGCUCUUACUAGUGAGACUAAAGGUUCCACUAACGACACUGAAGACGCAAGGUUAAAGCCUCAUGAGACUGAAGCUAAUGAUGAAAUAACAGUUGAGGUUGUAGAAGAUGUGGAUACCUCUUUGAGCCCUGUGUUGGAAAGCAAGAUUGAAGUAGCUGAGGAACAUUCUUGUUCAUCCUUGGUUACUCACCAAGUGUUUGAUCCUAUAAAACAAGCUCCAGAGAACAAGUCUCCAUCUGCUACAAGCCAUGAGAAUAAUGGAGGUUCCACUUUGACGCCAUUGGUUGAGACCAGAGAGAAGGCAAAUGCUACAAACGAAGAUGGGGAAGUAUUGAAGGAUGAGCAGCAGCAGAAGCAAAGUGAUAGCUUGCAAGUCAUCGAAACUGCUUCUGAACCUUUUACAACAGAGUCUCUCCUAGAAAUGUGUGAAGAACCGGAGAAAGUCAGCGAAGCUCUUCCUUGUGAUGAUGAGAAAAGCAAAAGAUCAAUGCCUGAAGCUGUGAAGACGGUUGUUAAGGACGAGCCGAUCAUGAACAUGCUUACUGAGACAAGGGUAAAGAUAGAGAACACGCCACUGCUGAAUCCUUCUGGGGCAGUCCUAACCAAGAAGAGAAAGAGAAUUUCUAACACAAGCUUGAUCAGAAACACUAAGCAGAAAGCAGAAGGUGGAGCUGGUGAGGUUAACACAACACCACCAACCGAGUCAAAACCCAAGGGUCCAAGUGUUCCUCCACCACUUUCAGCUUCUACGUUGGAUUUGAUAGACCGAAUUAGACAAAGAUGUGGGAAGACAAUGGGUGAACCAGUGAUCUUACUAAGCGAGUUGAAUGACAAGACAGGCAAGGAACUACGAGGGAUAGCAAAGGAGCUGAAAGUGACACAUUACUAUAAGAUGAAGAAAGAAGAUCUGCUUCAACACUGUAUCAUGCAGCUAAAACUAAAACUGAAGCUAGCCGAUUGCAAGGAGCAGAGAAUGGAGUCAUAACUGAUCUCACUGGUAUAGCAGCUAACAUAAGACCUUACAGAACAAGCCUUCUCUUUGUGUGUGUUUGGGACUCAAAUGGUAUAACCAUUAGCUUGUAUAAAUCACACGGAGCUUGCUUGGCUUUUAGAGUGCGUUUCAGGAUAUAGUCUAAAGUAGAAUGUUUGUUGGGAUAUAUGAAGCUGAUAUUUUCUUAGUAAAAAUGGUUUUGUUUGUCUUUAGUAAACUAUUUUAGCAUAUAAUUCUCAUUGAUCAUAAAGAGAAUGGUACAGUAUAAGGAUUACAUUGACU